AUGGCAACAGAGCUGGAAGCAGGGCUUGAGGAAGCAGGGCUGGAAGAGGCUGAGCUUGAAGCCGGGCUUGCAGAAACAAAACUGGAAACACGGCUUGAAGAAGCUGCGCUCGAGAUAGGGCUUGAAGAGGCUGAGCUCGAGACAGGGGUUGAAGCGGCUGGGGUAGAUACAGGGCUUGAAGAAGCGGAGCUCGAAGCAGGGGUGGAGGCUGCUGAGCUCGACGCAGCGCUUGAAGAAGCGGGGCCCGAUGCAGGGCUCGAGGAAGCAGAGCUGGAUGAUAGGCGUGCAGAUGAGCUAGAAGAUGCGGCCGAGGAUGAUGCGACCGGAAUGGAGCUCGGUGUCGGAGUAACCGUAGUCACACUUACGACGGUGGUAGUAGCGACGGAGGCUGAAGAGGGCGAUGGGAUAGGAGACGGUGAAGCGGAUGAGCUGGAAGAAGAGGACGAGGGCGACACGAUGGAAGCGGAGCUCGAUGGAGUAGCCGUAGUGACGCUUACCACUGUGGUGGUGACAACAGAGGCUGAGCUUGGCGAAGGGAUCGCGGAAGGUGUAGAAGAUGUAGAAGAUGAGCUCGGGACUGGCACAGCAGAUGAGCUUGGCGAUGGAACGGAAGACGCGAUUGAGGACGAGCUCGGCGAUGGGAUAGCCGAAGGCGAAGCAGAUGAGCUUGGCGAGGGAACGGGGGAAGGCGAAGAAAACGAGCUUGGUGACGGGAUGGAUGAAGGUGAAGAGAUGGAGCUCGGCGUUGGCGUGACUGUCGACAUGACGACCGUGGUGGUAGUAGACACUUGUGCCGACGAUGAUGGUACAACCGGUAUGGAGGAUGAUCGGGAAGACGAUGGCACAAUGGGUGCUGGAGACGAGCUAGAGGAACUCGGUCGAAUGGAUGUCGGGCAGACAGUGAAGGUCUGUGUGAUAGCACUGGUGACCGGGAAUGUGGAAGUAGCGAUGUUUGUCUGUGUGCUAGUGGCAGAGGCGGAAGAGACUGUAGUAGUCGCCGCAGGCCUGACAGGCGCAAACGCAGUGUUGGUAGCAGUCGAAGUCGUCUGA